UGUGCGUUAUUGAAUUCAGUGUUCGAGAAAACUUCAUUGUGAAAGGUUUUAAGUGAAAAGAAAAUUUAUAUAUUUUGCCGUGUACUGAACAGUUAUACGCAUUUAAAUAUUUGUGAUAAUAUAGUCCUUGCUAUAUAUAUAGGACUCAUAAAUUAUAAUCAUUUUUGUUAGUGUCAGUGAAAUUAAAUUUUGCAUGCUUUAAAUAUGAAUUGGCAUUCACGACAGUUAUUUGUCUCAAUUUUUGUGGUGCUGGUUUUGACAAAGUUUGUAAUCAGUGACGUGACAAAUGAAUCUGAAGAUGAUUUACAAGCAGCUGAAACACCUGAACAAUCUUCUGUUCCAGUCCCAGAUUCAUUAGAUAGUGAUACUGCUAGAACUUCACCACCAGUACCAACGGAUUCUGCAGAUAGUGUCACUAGUUCUCCAGUAAAUGGUGAUGCCUCAGUACCUGCAAAAAGUUCUGACAUUGAUACUACUCAAUUGCUAGGACAAAUACGUUUACCACUUUUUAAUCAAGACUUUGGGCAAGCAUUAGGACAUAGUUUGGGUCAAGGAUUUGGACAAGGGAUUGGGCCAACUAUGCAAUUUUUUGGUACACUUUUUCCUACAAUCAACACUCUUCUAUCCGGAGCGCAGCUUUUAGGUGCACCAGUUGAUCAACAAGCUGCUGCAUCUAAAGUUAUUUUGGUGUUAGCUGAUGAUCAUGAUACAUCUGCACCUUUAGUUUCUAGAUCAGUACCUGAAAAUCAACAAGUUGCACGGCUUGCUCGUCAAAAUCAACAGCCUUCACCAUUGCCUACUUCAAACCCGGCGUUGGCUCAAUUGAUGCAAUCAAUUUCCCAAUUAAAUUUGCAACAAAUUCUUCCACAGGAUUCUGAUUCAUUGCUGGGGCAAGCUCUGCAGACAGGCAAUUUGCUUUUGUCAAGUAAUAACACACAAUCUGGACAAAUUUUGCAACAAACUCAAAAACUAUUAAAAGACACCAUUAACUCAGAUCUUGGUCAAACUCUUGGACAAGCAUUCCCAGGACUAGGACAAGCUACAUUCGGACAAAUUGAUCUCACACAAUUACCAAAUUUUGCCCAACUAGUUCAAAAUGGAAACGUUCCUGCACAAACUGGUGAAUCAGUCGUCGGUUCAGCUCCGGAUGUAGACGGUACAACAGAUUCACAAUCACCACCAGAUCAAUCACUUGCCGAACCUAUUGCAUCCGAACCAGAAAGUUCUCCAACUCCACCUCCUGCUCCUCAGGUGCCGACAUUGAUGAAAUUUGCACCAAUGCAAGCAGUUAUGGAUGGUGGUCAAUUGCUAGGUAGCGCUCUUGAACAAGUACCACAACCAUUUCAAAACUUUCAAUUUUUCCCAAAUUGGCGUCCAAUGCAACCUGGUCCUAUGAGCGCAGCCGCUUCGGAAAUUUCAGAAGUACGCAUAAAACCAAAUGAUAGCGUGCAAAGUAAAAGUGUAUCAAAAACAAAAUCAUCGCCUUCGGAGAAAAUAUCUGAAAUGAAGCUUAGAGCGCAAUUGCAGGAAGCGCUUGGUAAGAAAAAUGUACCGAUACUUUGGUUUAGCAUUCCUCCACAAAUAAAGAGCAAUCAUAAUGAGAAAAAUCCUGAAAAACGUAUAAUAAAAUCUCCUGCGGAUAUUUUAAUAGAGUCUAAAUUGAAAGCUUUUGAACGUCAAGUUAUAUACGAGUUAAGAUUGUUGCAAGAAAUUGAACGUGAAGCUAAAAAAUUACGCUCAGCUGCUACAACUAACUUGGCAAAUAUGAAAAAUGAUUCUCCUUAUAAACUGACAUAUCCGUUAAGUAAAACACCAGUUUACAAAAUCACUAAAGAUGAUAUUGAGAAAGCUUUGAGAGAUGAAUAUAUGGGAAAAUUGCUCCAAACAGCCGCUCAAAAUGACUUAAAAUUCACAAAAAAAAAUGUCGAUUCCGAUGUGAAGCCGAAGUCGAAUCUGACUGCAGUUCCAAUAAAACGCCAAGUUAUGGCAAAUGAUGCUUCUCUUAAAAAACAGAUGACAAAUGAGGAUAUCAUCAAAAUGCUUGUGUAUGCUUAUCGACGGGCUAACGCGAAUCCAGAAGAAAUGACAACUAAACUCGAAAGCACUGAAAUGAUAAAGAGCGAAUUUAAAAAUAAAGAAGUCGAAAAUAAAACGCUCCAAAAUGCAGACGAGAAGCACAUGUGUACACAACAUAAAGAAAAAUCAAUGGAAAGCCAAUGGGCAGAUACCAAUAAAUCAAUAAAAGAAAAAGAACAUAGACAAUGGGUUGAUGUUCAAUCGAAACCACAAAUAAAAGACCCGCGCCAGUGGGUAAACCAAGAAUUAGAUAAAUUAACACCUGUUGAACGACAAUGGGCAGAACAACAGAUAACAAAGCAAAUUGCUGAUAUGGUGAAAAGUAAACUUCCUCAACAACGCCAAUGGGCCGAAAAACUCAUAAAAGACUUACCUCCAGCAGAAAGACAAUGGAUUGAGCAGCAGGCUUCACAUAAGAAAAAUGAUCAAACAGAGCAUGAAGAAAAGCUUACGAAGCCGACAAUGUCGCAACGUCAAUGGGCAAAUCAGGAAGACGGCGAUUUGGCACCUAUUGAACGACAGUGGGCGGAACCAGAGAAUAUGAAGAAAAAAAGUGACAUGGAAGGAAGUAAAAUUCCUCAACACCGUCAAUGGGUGGAAAAGCCACAAAUUGAAAAAAGUCCUACAAAGUCAACAAGCUCCCAACGUCAGUGGGUAAAUCAAGAUAUGAGUAAAUUAAAUCCUGUUGAACGGCAGUGGGCAGAACAACAGGCUAUGAAGAAAGUAGCUGAUGCAGAAAAAUUAACAAAAGAUUUCCCACAUGUACAAAGGCAAUGGAUUGAGCAGCAGGGUUCACAAAAAAAACAUGAUCAACCACAACGUGAAGAAAACCCAACGAAGUCGACAUCAAUUUUGCAACGUCAGUGGAGUCAUCAAGGGGAAAAAAAUAUGCCAGUCGAGAAGCAGUUGUGGACUAAAGAGAGAAUUAAUGAUAGUAUGGAUAGAAAACAGUUUGCAGAACAACCACUGAAUCAACGACAAUGGUUAGAUGAUAAGAUGAGUGAAAAAACUAAAUUCUCUGAGAAAUCGUCACAAUGGAAUGUGAAUGUACAAGAAAAUGAACUAUCAAAUCAACAACGACAAUGGGCAGAGCAAAGAACUGAUAAAGAUCAACCUUCAACUGAUGUAUGGCAACAAAAUCAAGAAUUGCGAAAAAUGAUCAUGCAACAACGUCAAUGGGCUACUCCGUUACGUCAAAUGCCGCAAAAUCCGCAACAAGUACCAAUGAUGCAUAUGCAUGAACCACAAACUGGUGCUAGACAGUGGGUUGAUAAUUCACAACAAAAUCAACCUGAAGAACUGAAAACCAAUAAGGAAAAUAUGCAAAUGAUGCAAAAUCAUAGGCAAAUGAGUAAUCCCAUGAUGAUGGCUAUUGAUGUAUCUGAAAAGUCGGGACAGGCUAUCGUUGGUGAAGCUGUUCCUCAAAUGCCUGAAAAUGCUGGGAAAGCACGUCAUAGAGAUUUACUUGAUGAUUUAGAUAUUUUGGAAAUUGGCGGUGGACAUGGCCAUAGAGGAAAAACGGGAACAGUAAUAAAUUAUUACUAUACAAUGCCAAAUAAUGAAUACGGUGGAAAUAUGAAUUAUGGUGGAACUGGAGGUUAUGGUCGAACUGGAGGAUAUGGUGGAGGUGGUAGUUAUGGUAUGUAUGGAGGAGGUGGCAGGUAUGGAGCAGGUGUCAGUUAUGGAAGAGGUGGCGGUUAUGGUGGAGGUGGUAGUUAUGGCGCAGGUAACAGUUAUGGAGGAGGUAACAGUUAUGGAGGAAGUGGCAGUUAUGGUGGAGGUAGCGGUUAUGGACGCGGAGGCGGUUAUGGACCAAUUAACAAUAAUAGAGGUAUCGGAGGUUAUGGAGGUAGUCGUUAUGGAGGAAUUAGCAAUAACAGAGGUAUUGGUGGUUAUGGGGGUGGUAGUAGUUAUGGAGGAGGAGGAGGUUAUGGAGGUGGUAGUGCAGGAUAUGGAAAAGAAAUGAGUUAUGGGGGCUCUCGUGGUAAUAGCGGUGGUGGUUAUGGUGGAGCUCGUGAAGGUUAUGGUGGUAAUAUGGGAAGUGGUGGAUAUGGUAACAAAGGAAGUAGUAGCAAUGGCGCAAUUGGAUAUAGAACUGCCAUUGGUAAUGAUGAAAUUGAAUCCAUGUUACGCUCACAUCAAACUUUAGGGAAAUUAAGGCCCCAUGUAUCAAACGCACGCAGUAAGAACACCUCAGACGACAAGCAACAGUAUCACAAGAAACCUGACAACACUAAUUUAAUUUCAACAGCGACAAAUUAUUCAUCAGAUAUUGUCAAAACUUCUUCGGAAGAGGAACCCGCUUCAAGGUUAGCAAAAAAUUUAAUUUCUAAUGCAAUAAGAGUUAGGUCGAUGCGUUAUGCAAAGGCGUUAAGAAAUAAACGAAAUGCGAAUUAUGGUACUAUACAUGCUAUUGAUGAAAAAUCUCUGAAUGAACUGCGAAAUACGUACAAAUCAACACUUAAAGAAAUCACAUUACAGCCCGACGAAGAUCCUGCUGAAGCUUUGAUGCGUCACAAUGCAGCUUCGAUUCGUGAAGCUCUAGAACGUGCUAGUCACGAACCAGUAAAUAUUUCAGGUACAGAAGAUUUUGAAGCAAAAAGCAACACUAUCUAUAAGCAUGCGGAUGAACAUAUGCAUAGUUUAGAAAAUAUGCAAUACAGUAGUUCUCAAGAUGAUUUAAUAAAAACAGAUUCCUCGAACAGUCAGCAAGUUGCAAUACAUUCAAAACAGAUAGAAAUGCAGCAACCUAAGACGCCUAUGUUGCACCAGAAAUACGUGCAAAAUACACAAAGUCAUAUGAACUCCAACGAUGCAAUCAAACAGGAGCAACUUUCAAAUGUUGUUCACAAAACGAAGGAUGUGGAUUUUGUAAAUCAUUUUAGUCGCCAGACAAAUGCAAUUAAUUCUGAGCCGUCUGUCACAUCAACAACCCCAAAAUUAUUAUCUUCCAUUUUGAGAUACCCAACAAAGCAAACUGUUGGGUCUUCUGAAAAUGAAAUGCAUAACUCAUCCGUAGAGACUGAGCUCCUUUUGUCGUUAAUGAAGUUGGUUAAAGCACGUCUCUCAAAUUGUUGCGAAAUUUGUAAGAUGCGAGCAAGUUCAGGUGGUCAGAAAGCUGCUGGUAAACAAAUGGCAGACCCUGAAAAAGAGAAUAAUUUAAAUUUAAAGAAAAGAGCAGAAAUUUGUGAUUCAAAUUAUAAAAGAUGGUUGCAUGAAAUGACUCUUCGUGGAUAUGACAAUAAAUUUUUAACAAGAGCACAUCAGUUAGAAUACGAACUUAGUGGGAAAUUGAAUACAGACGUUAAAAGUGGCGAAGAUUACGCUGAAGAUGUUAUAGUCGAAAUAAAAAGAAAUAAUUAUGACAACGAUUUGCAAAAGAAAACAUUGCAAACUCAACAAGCACAAAAUAAUGGAGUAAGAGUUAAAUUACUUGAAACUGAAAAAGACAAGCGCUCAAGAAGCUUGCAAGACACGAAAGUCAACAAAAAUGAGGGAAAAACAUUUGUAACUUCUAGCGAAAAUGAAAGUAUUCUUCAAGCCUAUGUACACGCUGUGAAUUCAGAGCUAUUAGAUUCUCGAGAAUAUCACGCAGAACAAACCACUUUAAAUCCGUAUGAAUUACGUGGAAAGUUUUCAAAAAAAAAAUUGGCGUCCCAUCCAGAAAUGACAGAAAAAUUAAAUAAACCCAAACUGAAUAAUAUUCAUACUUUUACAACACAAACCGUGGAUAUUCCAGAUCAUAUUCUAAAGGAAAUUAAUUUCCAAACAAACAAUGACCCAACUGCUAGCACAAAAAUAUUGGACAUUCUACGGCUGCUUCACGAACUCAGCCGCUAUACUGACAAUAACAGAAUAGAAAAAUUUUUAUCCGCAAAUAUUGAAGAACCAUUGAAAUCUGCAUCAAGCUUUGUACCAAAGGAAAUUACUGUAACUACGUCGAAAUCUCGUUUAACUCAACCAACAAAAAAACUUAAAUCGAAGCGUUUGAAGCGCAGAAAAUCAAAAUCCAAGAAGACUUUGAAAGCCAAAUAACCUUCAUAAGUAACUAUGUGGCUUACCUUCAAAGCUGAAGACUGCGUACUUCAACUUCGAAACUU